AUGCUUUCCCAUAUCCUUGCCCUUGCGCUGUCCAUCGCUGCCUCCGAGGCCGCCUAUAAGGGCUUUAACUAUGGCUCGACCAACCCAGAUGGCAGCUACAAGGCUCAGUCUGAUUUCGAGUCCGAAUUCACCACUGCUAAGAACCUGAUCGGCACCUCCGGAUUCACCAGUGCCAGACUUUACACCAUGAUCCAAGGUGGAAGCUCCAACACCCCCAUCUCGGCGAUUCCUGCCGCCAUCGCUGAGGAUACCUCCCUUCUCCUCGGCUUGUGGGCGUCCGGUGGAAACAUGGCGAACGAGCUGGCUGCGCUCAAGUCGGCUAUCAGCCAGUACGGCGAUGACUUCGCCAAGCUAGUCGUCGGUAUCUCCGUCGGUAGCGAGGAUCUUUACCGUGACUCCGAGACUGGUAUUCAGGCCGACGCCGGCGUGGGUGUCGGCCCCGACGAGAUCGUCUCCUACAUCCAGCAGGUUCGCAGUGCCAUCUCUGGUACGAGCCUCAGCAGCGUGCCAAUCGGUCACGUUGACACCUGGAAUGCCUGGACUAACUCCUCCAACUCCGCUGUCAUCGAUGCCUGUGACUGGCUCGGCUUCGACGGAUACCCUUACUUCCAGAGCACCAUGGCUAACUCGAUCGAUGAUGCCAAGUCUCUGUUCGAUGCGUCUAUUGAGAAGACUAAGGCCGUUGCCAAUGGCAAGGAGAUCUGGGUGACUGAAACCGGUUGGCCCGUCAGCGGAUCGACUCAGAACCUUGGUGUCGCCUCCAUCGCCAACGCCAAACAGUUCUGGGAUCAGGUUGGGUGCCCUCUCUUUGACAACACCAACACCUGGUGGUACAUUCUGCAGGAUGCCUCCGGAUCUGUGACCCCCAGCCCCAGCUUUGGCAUCGUUGGUAACACCCUGUCCACCACCCCUCUGUUCGACCUGUCCUGCUCUGUCUCCUCUUCUUCCUCUGCCGUUGUUGGCAGCACCAGCACUGCUUCUGCUUCCAAGACCACUGGCUUCGUGACCUCCUCUGCCACUGGCUCGGCCGCCACUACAUCCGGCGCUGGCUCUAGCUCUAGCCAUGGAUCUGGCUCUGGCUCUGGCUCUGGCUCUGGCGCUGGCUCUGGCGCUGGCGCUGGCUCCAGCUUUGGCUUUGGCUCCUCUAGUGUCAUUCCCAGCUCCAGCGUUCCUUACACCAGACCCAGCUCUACUCUGAGCGUUGGUCGCCCUGGUGCCUCUAGCUCUGCUUCCGCUGGCUCUAGCUCUAGCUCCAGCUCCAGCUCUAACUCUAACUCCGGCUCUGGCUCCAGCUCCGGUUCCUCUACCACUACCAAGUCUGGCACUGGCAGCGCCACCUCUCCUGCUAGCAGCUCCUUCACUGGUGCUGCCGAUCGCGUCACUGGCUCCCUCUUCGCUGCUGGUCUGCUGGCUGUUGGUGCAGUGAUCGCUUUGUAA